CACACCUCACCAAGCGCUCCUUCACCCAACUCCUCUCCUCUGACUCCAUGGAUUAGGAGCUUUUCGGCAAGUGAAUGUCUGGAGGAGAUAAAAUGCUGAGUUGCCCUGCUGAGGUGCACAGCGCCGGGAGGCGCUGCAAUGUUUAGUGUGGAGGAAUCCCGUUGGACUGUCUCCAUGCAGAUGACCAGUGAUGGCCACGACGGCCGACCCCACAGAAGAAUCAGUUGAUGAAGUGGUCAGUGAGCACAUUUUUAACACCCUGGAAAGAAUCCUUUUGACCUUUUUCCUGGGAUCUGUUAUCAUUAUGACCGUCCUUGGUAAUUUGCUGGUGAUGGUGGCUCUAUCAAGAGACAGGCAACUGAGGAAGAAGAAGACCAACUACUUCAUUGUCUCCCUGGCAUUUGCAGACCUCCUGGUGGCUCUUUUAGUGAUGCCAUUUGCAGCGAUAGAACUCACCACAGGCCACUGGAGCUUGGGAGAGACGUUCUGCCUGGUUCGCACUUCGCUGGAUGUGCUGCUUACCACAGCAUCCAUACUGCACCUGUGCUGCAUUGCCCUGGACAGGUACUAUGCAAUCUGCUGCCAGCCGCUGGUCUACAGAAACAAGAUGACACCGGUGAGAGUGUCUCUGAUGUUGGGGGGAUGUUGGGUUAUCCCCUUGUUCAUCUCCUUUCUGCCCAUCAUGCAGAACUGGAACGCCAUUGGCAUCGAGGACAUUAUUGAAGAAAGGAAGCUCAGCCAUGGCUCAAACAGAACAUCCUGCAUAUUCAUGGUGAACCGACCCUACGCCCUCGUCUGCUCAGCCGUGGCCUUUUAUGUGCCUCUGGGCCUGAUGAUCCUUGCUUACCAGCGCAUCUAUGUCACGGCUAUGGAGCACGCUCGGCAGAUCCGGAUGCUGAGGCGUGCCGGAUCCACUCCCAUUUCCACUUACUACAGUCAUGAACACCCCGGCUCCAGCCGCAUGAAGAUCGAGACCAAGGCGGCCAAGACGCUAGCAGUCAUUAUGGGCUGCUUCUGCUUGUGCUGGGCACCAUUCUUCAUCACUAAUGUGUUGGACCCCUUCAUCCAAUACAGCGUGCCAUGGCAGAUGUGGACCACAUGGCUGUGGCUGGGAUACAUUAACUCGGGUUUAAAUCCAUUCCUCUAUGCCUUCCUAAACCGGGCUUUUCGCAGAGCCUUCCUUAUGAUCCUGUGCUGUGGGGACAUGCGCUAUGCCCGCCAGGGAAGCUUUAGCCCAAGCAGAGCUUGCUCAGCAUCUGUGAACGGAACAUCUAUAGCACUCAGGAGCACACUUAUCGAGAUGCCAUCUCCAGUUCUGCCGGAGCUCCUACCAUACAGAUUCAAUGGGCAGGCCCAUAAUAAUAGGUUGUCGUUUCUUCCAAAUGGAAGCUACAGUGAUACCGGCAAACGAAUCCUUUCCAGUGAACAGGAAUCUCAGGAUUCUGCUGGCAUUUUGUAACUAAGACAAUACAAACUUACAGGUGGAAGCAACCCGUUUCUACAAACCAGCAUCCAUAAGUGGCAUCCAUCGCUGCUUUAGCUAAGCCAGACAUCCUUCAGUGCCCUAAUACACAUGGAUUUUUACCUUCAGUGACAAACUUGGCAGUUGAAUCAUUACAAUGAAUAUAAAGGCGCAUCUUACACACUUUGCCCAGGUGAUGGUAAAGGGUAAGCCAAGUAUAACAGCAUAUGAGAGAUGUUUAGCAUCAUGUGAGUGAGCAUAACGACAUAAAGGAAAAAAAACAAAAAAAAAACAAUAGUGGAUGCUGCAAAGAAAAGCUGACCUCUCAUUGACCAGAUAUAAUUUCAAAGAAGCUACGAGGAGUCUUCUCCAUUUCUCUGUUAUAGAAUUGACACUGUCAGGUGUAAUUGUUGGGGAAUGAUUACAAGUGAAUUGUACAGUAUCAGAGUGAGACAUGUGGCUUGAACUGAGAUUACUUAAAGAAAAAUGUACACAAUUUUCCUCAUACCCCAAACAUAGACCUUUUAGCGUCAGACAUUCAUGAUUAAGUCAAUAAAUUAGUAAUGCAUUUAGAGCACUAAUCUCAGAUCAACAAGGGUCCUUUAUGUAAACCAGUCUGCUUUUACACCUGGCUUUCUUCUCCCCUUUAGAAACAAUGCUAAAAAAAAAAAUUGCCAUUCAAUAUGUCCACUGUAACCAUAGCAAAAAGCUUCGAACCUAGCUAGCAUCACAGGAGGAUGAAGGGUGAAAGCAGCUUUAAUCUUUUAGCUCCAGUGCAAAUUUUGGACACAAAUGACCAUGUCUUAACCCAACUUUGUACAACUCUAAACUAAACUGUUUUAAAGCAAACUUUUCCCAUCAACACACUAAAGAUCAGAGAGUAGUAGAUCCAAAUUCCUCCUUAAAUUAUUUAUUUUUGUGUACAGUUUUGGCUUCAGACACAAGGAGCAAUGACAUUUGUCACUGUGUGACAUUUCAGAUUGAACCUUAUUGUAUUCUCUGGUAUGUUUUUUGUGUUGAAUAUUGU